CCCUCCCCCCUCCGCACCGAUUUACAAGCAGGCACUUGCUCUGAGAAUCAGCAGCAGAGAGGACAGUGCUCUAAAACGGCACUGGGACCAGCCCCCAGACUGGACUCUUACCCAUCCCAUUAUAUUGAGGACAUACUCAUGCAUUUCCUGAGUAUAUACAGCAGAAAAUUGCAAGGAAACACAGGGAGAGGACUGAACAAAGCUGUGGCUGGACAACGUGCGAUUGUGUGUGUUUUCUGAGGAGGAUAUUCUUGCCGUUUUAAUGCGCCACUGCUGCUGAAGCCCCAGCUCUACCUACUUGCAGCUACUGCAGUCUCUCCAGCACAGCGCAGACCUCCUGCCCUGUCAACUCCAACACACUGGUCGUCCUUCAGCUUGACUCACAAGUCUAGGGGGUCAUAAGGGGUCUUUAUCCACCUUCUUCUUUACUUUUUUUAUUUACUUGCAUUUUUUCUUGACUUUAGGUCUCUUUCUCUCUAUAUAUCUCUACCACUCGGUAUCGCUGAGUCUCUCUCCCCAUCUUUACUGAGGCAGCCUCUCGGAAAUCACUGCGCACACGAUGUCAGCUCCAGAUGCAGCAGCUCCAGGAGGGGCUCCAGGGGCUCCUGGUGCACCAGGUGGAGAAGGGGCCCCAGGUGGAGGCCCCCCUCCCGCUCCCCCAAACACCUCCAGCAACCGCAGACUACAACAGACACAGGCGCAAGUGGAGGAGGUUGUGGAUAUUAUGCGUGUAAAUGUGGAUAAAGUCUUGGAGAGGGAUCAGAAACUGUCAGAGCUGGACGACAGGGCUGAUGCACUGCAGGCUGGAGCCUCACAAUUUGAGAGCUGUGCUGCCAAACUGAAGAACAAGUAUUGGUGGAAAAACUGCAAGAUGAUGAUUAUGAUGGGUAUUAUUGGAGCCAUCGUGGUCGGAAUAAUCUUCUUGUAUUUCUUCUCAUGAGCUUAUGACGAGGAGAAAAUCAAUGAAAGGAAGUGGAGGAAAAACAAAACAAAAACAAAAGACCUCUCAUUUUAAGUCAAUGCCUUUUCUGUUCGCCCUUCUCUCUUCACUCUCGAGCCAUCUGGCACUGCAGGGUGACUGUAGUUAGCAGAUCAGCAGAUUCAUAUGAGCUAACCAUCAUUCAGCUUUCCACCUGAGCUUUCACAAUGACUAUCUCUUACUCCCUACUCUAUGCUGCGUGGCAUCACACACACACACACACACACAUGCCACAUAGGGAAAAGCAUACAUGGAGUUUAAGUGGGAACAAAAGAGUGGGAGAAAAGCAAAGGUGGAAGAGGGAAAAUCAAGACUGUUUGAAUGAAAAACAAAAAAGGGAGACCAUGAUCCUUCUUCUUCCUACAAUGCUAAAACAUCUAUACCUCAUGUGACCUUCCAAAACCUUUAGGAUUCAAUUUGUAAACUGAUACUGACAUAUCUAACAACACUUCGUAACCUGCUAAUUCCCACUUUCAUAAUGCUUCAGCAAUUAGCAUCCCUUUAACACUUGAACAAGAUGAACAAGAACUUCAGUGUACUUUUUCUCUAUGUGUAAUUGUGACCCUGACCAUUGCAGAUAGAUGCUUCUGUUCAUAUUUAGCUAUAAGGCUUUUACAGCUAUUACCAUUGUCUUCUAUGCCUUUCCUUCAUGCUUCAGUACACGCCUUUUAAAACAGAAAGCCUUAGUGAGAACGGAGAAUAGAUGCGGCACACAGUUAUGUGGAAAAAGGCAAAAAUAUGAAGACAUUUUCAUACAUAGAGCUUUUCAUGCAUGCCGUAGAGUUACAUGCAUACAUUUCCAUCCACACACACAUCCGUAUAUGCAUACAGAGGCUAUACAUGAUUCUGCAAGUCACUUUAAGAUUGUGAUAAGAUUCCUUCUUUGGAUUUGUUUAAAAAUAAUAUGUAGUUGAAAGCUUGAAAGAAGGUAAUCAGAAUUAGGUGAAAACAUAUAGAUAAACAAGCCUACAUGAACACACACGCACAUUAACAAUAGAUGUUAGAAUUUAAUUUGUGUCCAAUUACUUGCAUGUAAGACUCUUUGGAGUCUUAUUCUGUAAUGUCCAUUUCUUAAACUACUGCCUAAUGUACAGCUCUAAAAGAGACACUUCACAGCCUCCAUAAAAGCUCAUCAGUGUACGAAACACAAAACCUAUGAGCCUGCCAAAAAAAAAACUCACACACUGAUUAAAGGUGAUAAGGAAAAUUAGUAAUUAUUUGAAAUGCCAUGUAAAAUGCUAUUUUAAUCCAAGUUCUUCAUAGACACAAACUUUAUUAUUUUUCUAUUCAAUGCAGCUGUUGAAUCUUGCAAGGACUGUCAUUUUUUCAUUGUAUUGAUUGAAUUAAACAGAUUGUAUGACAGCGCUAAAUGUAAAUGCCAUUUAUGAAUGAUGUACCAGUGAUCAGUAAACAAAUCACAUACAGCCAUUUACUGAAUCCAGAGAAGUAUUAAAAGCAUGCUUAUUUGCCCUAACACUUUUGCUGAUGCCAAUAAACAAAUCUUCAAACUGCU